AUGGCGUUCUCAACAGCAGCUGCUAUUCAACGCCCCACGAAUCCAAGGUUGAACAGACCAUGUGUUGACUGUACUUGUUCCCCAGGCCUUCUAUCUAGACAAGGCAGACGUGCGUCAGUAUUUCUGAAGCAAAUGUCCAAUAACACUAGAAAAUCUAGAUCCGGUAGGAGAAAUUCAAAUGACAGCUCCAUUGCGGAUACCAUGUCCAUUUACUCAUCUGAUUCCUUGUGUCAGUCUGCUAAGGAGGUUAACACUACUGGUAGAUUAUUGGCAUUAAGAAAGGAGAUGGGUAAAAAUGAGCUUUGUUGUUACAUUGUCCCAAGUGAAGAUGAGCAUCAAUCCGAAUACGUUUCUCUAUUGGAUCAAAGAAGACAGUUCAUUUCCGGAUUUUCUGGUUCUGCUGGUAUUGCAUGUAUUACUAGAGAUUUGUUAAAUUUCAAUGACGAUGCCCCUGAAGGUAAAUCGAUCCUAAGUACUGACGGUAGAUAUUUCAACCAAGCUAGUCAGGAAUUAGAUUUUAAUUGGACUUUAGUGAGACAAGGUAUUGAUCCUUUAACUUGGCAAAGAUGGUGUAUUCGUGAAGCAAAGGAGAUGUCUUUGAGUUUAGGCGGGAAGCCUGCCAAGAUUGGUGUGGAUCCAAAAUUAAUCUCUCAUGAAGAAGUGGUUAAUUUCCAAAAUUUAAUUAAAGAGGAAUUGGCCGAUGUGGAGAAGUGUCAAGUGGAAUUAGUGGCAGUCCCCGGGAACUUGGUUGAUAAUAUUUGGAAUCAAUUUGAAACGGUUCCAGCUAGAGUCAAUAAUGAAUUAUUGUUACUCACUCAUGACUCUCAUGGUGAAAAUUUUGAUUCUAAACGAGAUCGGUUUUUAAAUUGUUUGACUAAGAAAUACCAAAUUGAAGAUUUGAAUUCUACCUCAUUCAUUGCUGUGGCAUUAGAUGAGAUUUGUUGGUUCUUAAAUCUGCGUGGUAGUGACAUCCCAUUUAACCCUGUAUUUUAUUCCUAUUUGUUGAUCAAUGAAAAGGAAACAAUUUUGUUUACUGACAAUCCAUUUAAUUCCACCAUUUCGACUUAUUUUGAAACAAAUAAUAUAACGGUGAAACCAUACAAUGAAAUUUGGUCAUAUUUGACUGCAUCUAUUGAAUCAAAUUCUCUUAAGAAAUUUUUUAUUCCAGACACUGCAUCAUGGCAACUAAUCAAUACAGUUUCCAAAACUUCAUUCAAAAUAAUCCCAUCACCCAUUAACGUUUAUAAAUCAGUGAAGAAUAGCAUUGAAAUUGCCAAUGCGCAUUGUGCUCAAGUGAAAGAUGCACAAUGUUUAAUUCAAUAUUUUGCCUGGUUGGAAGAUAAAUUGGUUAAUCAUGAUGCGUUAUUGGAUGAAUAUAAGGCUGGAGAAAAAUUGCUUCAAAUAAGACACACACAAAAGAAUUUCAUGGGUAAUUCAUUUGAAACGAUCUCCUCAACGGGGGCUAAUGCAGCUGUGAUUCAUUAUUCUCCACCUGUGGAAGGAUCCUCCAUGAUUGAUCCAUCCAAGAUCUAUUUAUGUGAUUCAGGUUCACAAUUUUUGGAAGGAACCACUGAUAUUACAAGAACCAUUCAUAUGACUCAACCUACAAAGGAUGAAAUAAAUAAUUACACUUUAGUGUUAAAGGGUAAUUUAGCUUUGGAAAGAUUAGUGUUCCCGGAGGGUACCACUGGGUUCCAUAUUGAUAUAAUUGCUAGACAAUAUUUAUGGUCGCAUGGAUUAGACUAUAGACAUGGUACCGGGCAUGGUAUUGGAUCAUUUUUAAAUGUUCACGAGGGUCCCAUUGGAGUUGGAAUAAAGCCCCAUUUGGCACAGUUCCCCUUACAGGCGGGGAAUAUAAUAUCCAAUGAACCUGGUUAUUAUAAGGAUGAUGAAUAUGGGAUUAGGAUUGAAAAUGAUAUGGUUGUCAAGGAAGCUGUUGGUUUAGAGUUUGGUGACAAGAAGUUUUUGAAGUUUGAAAAUAUUACAUUAGUUCCCUACUGUAGGAAGUUGAUCAAUGUGAAGUUACUCACUAAGGAGGAAAAGGAACAAUUAAAUAGUUAUAACAAGAGGAUUUGGGACAGUUUAGUUCAAAUGAUACAACCUCAAAGCAUUACGUACAAGUGGUUGAAGAGAGAGACGGCCAAUUACUAA